GGGAUGUCAAUGGUAGAACUUCUAAUAUAAUUAUGAAUAAAAGAGAUCAAGAAGAGGACGAUGAGAAACAAACAAAGCGAGUUCGUUUUAAUGAAGAAAGGUUAAAAAAGAAAUUAUCAAAAAGGGGAGAUACUUUACCAGAUGGAACAAAAAUUAAGAAAUCGGCUCCUCUUAACCUGCUUCCAUCAGAAACUCUCGAUUCUAUACUUAGUAGUCAAAAAAAAUGGAUUCUGCCCUCUGCGGAAAAUGUUGGUGACAUUAUUGCCAGAAACGUAUCUGCGAAUGCAAAGGCAAUUCAAAAAAAGAAGAAAACAUCAGCAAUAGAAAAAGCCAUAUUACGUUACGGAUCAUCACGAAUAAUUGAUUUAUCAACAAGUACGAAGGAUUGGUUCUCUGUUGAUGACAGGAAAUUCAUGAUUAAAAAUCACAAUGCUAUAUUACAAGUUCCUCGCAUGGCAGAUGAAGAAAUCUCAUUUGUAACUACAGUUGAGAAUUUGGUAUUUGAGGAAAAAGCGAAUGAGGCGUACAAGUUUUGUAUCAAGACGCACUUUAAUUCCAAGGAGAACAGCUACUUGUACAAACUUAGGGCGAGUCUUUUUGUCAGAAGUAUAGAAUACAUCAAGGGUCGAAAAUGUGAUGUACGAUUUUUAUCAACAUCAGGAGUAGAUUUAGGAGAGUGGGAGUUCGCGUCAAUAUUAACAGCACAAAAGGCGAUUCGUGACCGUUACCGAUCUGCUCGCAUAAACCAGUCGAUUUUAAAUAGCUUGUUAAAUCGUAACCUGAAUGAUGAACAGGCGAAAAAAAUCAAUGUUCCUUUUUUGCAGGUUGGCGGUACGAGUGGUCAAAUGUUGGUUGAAAAUCUAGUUGAGGGUUUUAUGUUGUCUUUCCCGGAUCGACAUUUGAAUUUCCCACAAAACUGCAACAUAUCGAUCGAAAAUCUAAAGUUGGCUGUUAAUAUUAUUAAGUUUGUUAUGGAAAAGUACAACCAAACGAAAAAGAUAGUGGAAAGUAAAGUACACAUAAUGCGCUUGAUGAUAUUUUCAGCAACAAUAGCGAUCCUUGAGCAAACAUGUCCAUUGUAA